CAUAAUAUUGUUACAAUAUAAAAAUAAUAACAUGCUUAAAAACAUGGUAUUGUUAUUAAUUGUUUUCAAACAAGAAUUUCAAAUCACAAAUUUAAAUAUGUAAAAAAUUGCAAUAAGCUUAGUAUAUAAUGUCAUAAUUUCAGAGAAAUUGACACGUGUAUGGUAGUGGAAGUUGGUAGUUAAGGGAGGGAGGAGGCUAACCAAAACGAGCAGAGUGAGAAUGGAACAUCCCUGUCCGUACGCUCUCUGCAACCAGCAGCAUUCCCCCUCCUCCUCCCCUCCAUCUCCUUUCUUCUUCUUCCCUCCCUUUCGGAUCCCACGUUUGACUCUCUCUCUCUCUCUCUCUCUCUCCCUCCCUCUCUCUUCGAUCCUUCAUUCUUCUCUUCUGCAGUAGUGCUAGUGCAUCUGCGCGCGCAACUGAUCAUGCCAACCAACCAGCCAAACAACAUGGACGACCGCAUUGCGGACGAAGACAGGGACGCCAUCGCUGCCCUCAGCGACGUCCCUCCCCACCGCAAGGCCCACUCCUACAGCCAACAGCUCCGCGUCGGCGCCCCUCACCACAAGCACCACCACCAGCGUCGCAAGCACAGCCUCGACGACGAACGCAUCCCCAAAACCAUCAUCGCCGACCGUUACUACGACUCUUCUUCCGACGACGACUUCCUCCCCUCUGCCUCCGCCUCCUCCCAUUCCUCCCUCCGCCUCGACCAGAGCCUCGCCUCCGACUCCUUCGCUAUCACUGACGGCAACCAGCAGCCCCUCCCCGAGUUCAUCGCCUCCGGCUGCGGACAGCCUCCCAUCCGCGCCGCCGUCCACCCCAACCGCCCCCCCUGCCUUGAGCUCCGGCCCCACCCCCUCCGGGAGACUCAGGUCGGGAAGUUCCUGAGGACCAUUGCCUGCACGGAGGAUCAGAUUUGGGCGGGGCUCGAGUGCGGGGUUAGGGUUUGGAACAUCGCGGACGCGUGCGAGCCAGGGUGCGGCCCAGGCGGGAAGAUCCGGAGAGGGGACGAGGACGCAGCGCCGUUUAGCGAGUCCUCGACGGCGUCGCCGGCGAUGUGCCUGGUUUUGGACCAGGGGAAUAGGAUGGUUUGGAGCGGGCAUAAGGAUGGGAAGAUCCGGUCUUGGAAGAUGGAUCAGACGACGGAUGAGAGCCCUUUCAAGGAAGGCUUGUCUUGGCAGGCGCAUCGUGGGCCCGUUCUUUCCAUGGUCAUCAGUAGUUAUGGCGAUCUAUGGUCAGGCUUUGAGGGUGGUUUUAUAAAGGUGUGGCCGUGGGACUCGAUAGAGAAAUCCCUCUCUCUAAGAACAGGGGAAAGACACAUGGCUGCUUUACUAGUGGAGAGGUCAUUCAUUGACCUUAAGAACAUUGUCUCUGUUGGUAAUGCUUAUAGCAGCGCAUCAUCUUCAGAUGUGAAGUGUUUGUUAUCUGAUAAUAUUAGAGCAAAAGUUUGGUGUGCUGGGUCUCUGUCCUUCUCCCUCUGGGAUGCUCGUAAAAGGGAACUUCUGAAAGUAUUUAAUAUAGAUGGUCAGAUCGAGAAUAGAGUUGACAUGCCAUCAACGCAUGAUCAAGGAGUAGAAGAUGAGAUGAAGAUUAAAUUUGUUUCCUCUAACAAAAAGGAGAAAUCCCAAGGUUCUAGCUUUUUGCAACGGUCACGUAAUGCUAUUAUGGGAGCUGCCGAUGCUGUUCGACGGGUCGCAACAAAAGGAACCGGGGCAUUUACAGAGGACACCAAGAGAACUGAAGCCCUAGUGCUAACCAUAGAUGGAAUGAUCUGGAGCGGAUGUACAAAUGGCUUACUGGUGCAAUGGGAUGGAAACGGAAAUCGUUUGCAAGAUUUCAGUCACCAUCCUUUUGCUGUUCAAUGCUUUUGUACCCUUGGAACACGAAUAUAUGUGGGCUAUGCUAGUGGUACGGUCCAGAUAUUGGAUCUUGAGGGAAAGCUAAUUGCAGGAUGGAUUGCUCACAAUAGUCCUGUGUUAAAAUUGGCAGUUGGGAAUGGUUAUAUUUUUAGCUUGGCUGCUCAUGGUGGGAUACGUGGAUGGAACAUUAUAUCUCCAGGGCCUCUUGACAACAUAAUACGAUCAGAAUUGGCUGGGAAAGAAUUUAUGUAUACAAGGCGAGAAAGUUUUAAAAUUUUAGUAGGCACUUGGAAUGUUGGUCAAGGAAGAACUUCUCAUGAUGCACUCAUGUCAUGGUUGGGUUCCGUGGCUUCAGAUGUUGGCAUUGUUGUUGUUGGGCUUCAAGAAGUGGAAAUGGGUGCUGGUUUUCUUGCAAUGUCUGCAGCAAAGGAAACUGUAGGACUGGAAGGGAGUGCCGUUGGGCAAUGGUGGCAAGACACAAUAGGAAAGGCUUUAGAUGAAGGAACAACUUUUGAACGUGUGGGUUCUAGGCAGCUGGCAGGCUUGCUUAUAGCUCUCUGGGUAAGGAAGGAUCUUAGAACACAUGUUGGGGACAUUGAUGCUGCAGCAGUUCCUUGUGGCUUUGGUCGGGCAAUUGGUAAUAAGGGAGCUGUAGGUUUGAGGAUGAGAGUCUAUGAUCGAAUAAUGUGCUUUGUGAACUGUCAUUUUGCUGCGCAUUUGGAAGCGGUCAAUAGACGCAAUGCUGAUUUUGAGCAUGUUUUCCGAAAUAUGUCCUUCAAUCGUUCUUCAAACCUCCAAAAUGCGGCAGCUGGUAUGGUGCCAUAUUUGUUUUUGUCCUGCUCUCUUGCCUUCUCCACAUAUUUAUUUUGGCUGCUUUAUUCUUUUGGCUUGCCAUUGGUCCUCUCUGUUGCAGUUGGUGUCUCAUCUGCUGCUCAAAUGCUUAGCAGUGCAAAGGCUGCGGGUAACAACUCUGAGGAUGGGAAGCCUGAGUUAUCAGAAGCAGACCUGGUUGCAUUUUUUGGUGACUUCAAUUAUCGGCUUCAUGGUAUUUCUUAUGAUGAAGCUAGGGAUUUUGUUUCUCAAAGAUGCUUUGAUUGGCUUAGAGAAAAGGAUCAACUCAGAGCUGAGAUGAAAGCAGGGAAAGUUUUCCAAGGGAUGCGUGAGGCAAUUGUUAGAUUUCCCCCAACUUAUAAGUUUGAAAGGCGUCAACCAGGCUUAGGAGGAUAUGAUUCGGGGGAGAAGAAACGCAUUCCUGCCUGGUGUGACAGAAUAUUAUAUCGUGACAACCGGUCUGCCACCACAUCUGAGUGCGGCUUAGAGUGCCCAGUAGUCUCUUCAGUUUUACUGUAUGAGGCUUGCAUGGACGUCACUGAUAGUGAUCAUAAGCCUGUCCGGUGCAAAUUUCAUGUUGAAAUUGCUCAUGCUGACAGAUCAGUGAGAAGAAAAGAAUUUGGUGAAAUUGUCAGAUCAAAUGAGAAAAUUAAGUCUAUGCUUGAAGAAUUACAUUUUGUUCCGGAGACUACUGUCAGCACCAACAGCAUAAUCCUUCAAAACCAGGAAUCUUCUAUGUUACGGAUCACCAACAAAUGUGGGGCAGACAAGGCACUAUUUCGAAUUAUUUGUGAAGGUCAGUCAACCGUCAAGGUGGAGGGACAGGCGGAUGAUCCUCAUCCAAGAGGUUCCUUUGGCUUUCCUACUUGGCUAGAGGUGAUACCAGCAGCGGGCAUAAUCAAACCUGACCAAGUUGUGGAGGUCUCAGUACACCACGUCGAAUUCCACACAUUGGAAGAGUAUGUUGAUGGCAUACCACAGAACUGGUGGUCUGAAGACACCCGAGACAAGGAAGUGAUUUUGGCAGUGAACAUCCAAGGCAGCCGCUCGCCUGAGACCAGAAGUCACCGCAUCCGUGUGCGUCACUGCUUCUCAACCAAGACUGUCCGCAUGGACUCCAAAUACAACAGUUCAGUAAGAACUCAAGCGACAGCUUCCCAGCAGCGGUCCGAAAAUCAGCAUCCUACCACUUCCUUUGACGAAGCAGAUGAAUUUCGAGCUUUGCGCAGUGGUUUUUGAUGUUGCAAGGAUAUAUCUGGUUGAUGCCUGUGUAAAUACAUCUGGAGCCCGAGUCACCAUUUCCUCCUAGACCAGUGUUAGUUGCAAUUCUUUUUAACACCAACACCAUCAAUUCUUUUACUGCAAGCUUUCUGCAGCAGGCAUUGAGCCUCUCUUGGGCAAAUUCACUGGCUGUUCAAGAUUGUAAAGUCAAAAAAAAAAAAAAGGAAAGAAAAAAAUGGGUUUUGUUUCAUUGGUAAAUAUGAGUUUUGCAUUGACGCAGAUUGUGUUUUUGUUUGUUAGCAGGUUAGAACAUUGAGCUAAUUGGGUUCUGUUGUUUGUAUUUGUUUAAUAAACUGACAGAUCUCUAUACAAGAAUAAAAUUACAGUGCAACUCUCUCUCUCUCUAUAUAUAUAUAUAGCCUUCAUUUCCAUCACUAAAGUUGUUGAAGAAAAGGCGGCAUAAGUUAUGCUAAAUCAUCACAAACAUCAUUGCCCACUCAUAUAUACUCUUUAUAAAAGGGUUUAUGCAUACAUAUAAAUUUGCAGCUUUUCCAUAUCAAUCUCAAUUACUACAACUGGAACACAGCAUUCGAAUAAACAUGUCACUGCAACAUUAAAUGCAUACAGCAUUGGCAGGAAAAGAAAACUUAGAUACUGUUUACAAAUCCCCUAUAGUUGCAAAACCCAUGGAUCAGUCCUUCCAUAUUUUCCAGGUUGCCAAACACCUCGGCUCUUUCUUAUGAUCAAACACAGUACCAAGAGAGCGGGAGCAGCCACAGAAUGAUUUUAACAAAACAAGGACAGAAGAAUAACAGACUACGGCAGCUUAUUUUCUCAAUUUCUCUUAUGAGUGUUACAUUCCAUAUGACCUUAGAGUGCAUAAAUCCUCUUAUACUCAUUGUUUGCCAUCUCUGUUUCCGAAACCAUCGACAUUGAUAAAGAAAUGGACCGACUCUCACCUCUCUUUAUGUUCCUCAACUUUGACUCCUCCAGCCUAUGCAGAAUCACGCAAUAGCACAUAGAGCCAAUAGUAGUGAGCAUGAUUGUGCCACCAAUAACUGUUGCAGACACAGCAAGCCAUCUAGCGUGUGAACCCACCACCACAUAAGUGAUGGAAAUGAAGGCAAUUGAAAUGAAGAGACAAGCCAGCCACAUGAGCUUGUUGAUCACAAACAUCAGCUGCUUCUUUGCUUUCUGCUCUAUCACAACCACAGAUGUCUGGACUACAACAACAGCCAGGGAAAUGAAUAACGCCACACUAUCAGACACCAAGAAGACGAGGAAAGCAGAUUUUUUUGCUAUAUGAGCUUCACCAAUGGAAAAUCCAUUCGUUUGCUGCUCAACAUACUGGCCAGGAACAGUGAAGAUGGCUGCAAAAGCCACUGUGGCAAUGAGAACUGCGACAAUGGUUGCAGAGUUUAUAGCAUUGUUAAGGCCGCUGAUGUGAAGCUUCUUUAGCCGCUUUGCAAUUUUUUGGACCCUUGCCCGGGUUUGACGAGUCUGUUGGAUUUGGGACCGCACGUCAUGCUUUAUGUCACUGACAGUCUGCUUGAGUUGCUUUGCUGGAUUGGGAGGUUUUCCGGAGUCUUUGGAAUGGACAGCCCCUGCUUCCCUUAAGAUGGAGACAAUUUCUGGAUUUUGAGAAUUUUCUGCGAUGUCAAGCGGGCUCUCUCUAGCUUUAUUAAUUGCAUUGAUGUCAAUACCCUCAAUUGACAGUAAACAACGCACCAUCUGCAAAAGCCAGAGAGUUAAAUUACACACAAUCAGUAAAGCCAAACAAAGUUAGGUCUCAGAAUAUGCUAAUUACUGUCAUUACAAAAAAGAGAAGGAGAAAAAAAAAUAAAGAAAGCCACUAGAACCACGUGUAUUAUGUUUCCACCAUCUUAGGAUUUGAGAUUCUCCUUCCCUAUCAAUAUCUGCA